AAUUUGAACUUUUGAACCAAAAAUAACUCCUGGAAAUCGAAAAUGUCAAGAUCAAUCAUGAGCUCUGACCGAUUAAUUGAGUUGGAAUUACAGGAAAUGAUAGACACCUACCAGUUCGUUCGACCAGACAGGGGCAACUUGGACGCCCAGCCCGCCCCAUGGAGACACGUAAAGCCUGACUAUCGUAAAGCAGAUCUUGCAUUCUUCAAAGGCAAGACUAUGAACCACAAACCCGGCUCCCUUGAAAUGAUUGUCGAGAACCUCGUCAAAACUUGGGAGAUGGAAGCGUCUCAUCUGCCUGACUACAAGACUUGGUCCAGCAUCGAUGCAGAUUGCUACCAAUUUGAAGUCAACGGUAAACACUUCGAAGGGAAGAAGGCUACCAUGAUGGGCAACUACAACACUCUCCUAUCCGUGACAUCCAAAGAGCUCUACGACUCGGACCACCACACGUUUGAAAGUUCCCAUGACGUUUUCCGUGGAGCUUUCCCGAACGGCUUCCCGUGGGAGGUGUUACAUGUUUUUUCCGGACCCCCAAGAGUUGCUUUUUCGUGGCGCCACUGGGCAACGUUCGACGGGUCAUACAAGGAAAACGUCGGUGAGGGCCAACUCGUGGAGAUGCAUGGCUUUCUAGUGGCUACAGUCAACGAAAAUCUAAAAAUCUGCAAGCUGGAGGUCUUCUACAAGCCCGACGAAUUCAUCAAAGCAUUAGAGGGACAAAUACCAGCUUCUGAUCUCGCAAGAGGACAAGAAAUACUUGGCAGCGGCUGUCCCGUCCACAAAGGUGGUGGUGAAUUCCUUAAUGGUAAUAAGUAGUAUAACAACAUUGGCAAUUUUAGACAAAAUUGUGGAAGUGAAAAAGCUUCGCUUAUUAUGAAUGCAACCUGUUACAUGGUUAUAUCCAUGUUUAAAGGCACUGGACACUAUUGGUAACUAUACUCAAAAUAAUUGUAAACCUGAAAACGUGCUAUAGGUAACGAGCAAUGGAGAGCUUUGGAGUUUUGUAAUAUGAAACAUGGUGAGAAUUUCUCACUCAUUAUUAAUAACAAAAUGCUUCAGCUGAAGCCUUUUAUUAUUGCAUCUGAAAGCACACGAAGUUGUGCA